AUGGCUUCUCUGGUCCUGGAUCCUGUGCUUUGUGAGCCGCCGAGACUCGCCGUGCACAGCGAGGAGACAGCGGAACUGGCUCCUGCCUUGUGUUCUAGUGUGGAGGAGACGCUGUACGCCCAAGCUACACAGUUCUCCCUGAAGCGCCGCCCGGAGGAAGCUGACGGGUAUCCGCAUGCCCCCUGGCGAGGCACCGUGGAGUGCAGGUCCGAGGAGGCUCCCCGAGAAGGGACCCACAAGCCAAUGAGAGACCACAGGUCAUGCGGGAGGGGAAGCAGCGGGACCUGUGACCUCGGGCCCCUAGGAGGCCUCCUCAGCCUGGAAGGCCACUUGCUGUCCCCAGGCUGUGGGAGAAACUGGAGCCAGGACUCCGCCUCGGGUGGCACUGGCCGGGCUCCUCGGGGGACCCGCAGGGCCAGAGGGCUCGCCACAGCCCCGCUCGCCCCCCACUCCUCAGACCACUCGGCCAAGCACAGCCGGGGUUCAAAGCUCAGAGGAGGGGGCUCCCAGCUUGGCGACGGGGAGCACAUAGGGGAGAGGCUGGGCGGGACGCUCCGGCUCUCAGACUCCACGCGCCUUUUGCUUCCGGUGCGGCCCCCGAGGAGCUCUACCUGGCCACGAUGUGCCAGGGAUGCCCCUUCCCUCUCUCCCUAA